AAGACGCUCUAUGAACUUGCAACACUCGGACUGAGAGAGAGAAGGAAAGAAAGAAGGAAAGAAAGAGUCUCUUCAUGCGUCAAAUCCUGUUAUUCGCGUUGAUGGUUGCCACUCUCUUCCCUUUGGGAGAAGGCUUGAAAUGCUACACCUGCGUUUUUCCAGCUAUCUCCCCAAUCGACUGUAUCAAAUACCCCAGAACCUGUCCUUCUGGAAAUCGCUGUCUGUCCAGUGCUGCUAUCGGCAGGAAAGGUGGAUUACAGAUAGUGCUCUAUGAGAAGAGCUGUGUAUUGCCCACUCUGUGUGGCCUGACAGGAGAGAAGUUUGCCAUGGGAAUCAACUUCACCUUCACAAACACCUGCUGUGAUACUGACCUGUGCAACAGUGCCCCCGUAUGGAGACAGAAGAGUAGCGCACCCUGCCUGGCACUGCUCAGCCUGAUAAUCACAGCAGUGAUUACUUACUUUUGAGUUGCUUUUAACAAGUAUAUAUAAUCCAUGUGUAAAUACACCAGAUUCACAAGUUCUGAUGAUAACAUGUAGAUUCACAAGGUAGAAUAUAACCAGAACUGUAUCCAAACGACUAUGACCUAACUAAUACAUGCUAGUAUUAAGUUUAAUAUACAUGAUUGUGUUACAUAAUAAUAAUAAUAAUAAUAAUAAUAAUAAUAAUAAAGAUUUAAUGUGUAAUGGUCCUUGUUUUAAUGGAUACACUGGACUGAUAUGUAUUUCAAUCUAACUUUUUUGUUUCUUUUUCUUUAGAUUAAAUACAUCUGGUAUUAAAUGUUGUUUAAACGUGUUUUGU